AUGAACGGCGGCUGGGUCUUCCUCAUCAUCCUCCUCAUCGCCCUCAUCGGCGGCUACGGCGGCUGGGUAGCCUGGUCGCGCAUCCGAGCCUCACGCCUGGGUCUCCCACCGCCCUCUCUCAACCCCUUCAACCGCAGCGGCGGUGGCACCUCGAACUACCCGGGCCCCGCGCCCACAGGCAUCAAGGGCUGGAUCGACGCCCAGAUCCACAAGUUCAAGAACCGCAAUAACAGGACCGCGUACGGCGCGUAUGAGGAGAGUUCUGGAGGGUACAAUAGCGCGAGGGGAAGAGGCGCGGGACAUAGGCUCGAUCCGGAUGAGGCUUGGGACGCGAGGGUAGGGAACGAAGCGUACUAUGAAGAACAAGAGCUAGGGCUGCAUGAGCCGCCGACUGCGAGGUCAGAACUACAAAGUAGCAACCCGUAUGAGAACCGGCCUUACGGAGCGCCGUCGCCAAGCUUCCAAGAGCCCGAACGUGGAAGAAGUCGCAACAGGGAGUACGAUGAGCGCAGUGAUGGAGGGCUGGGUGCGCGGCAGAAUCCGUUUGGGGAUGAGAAUGCGGCAAGUUUGAGGGGGGUUAGUCCGCGCCCCUUGGAUCAGCACGUCGAUACGAGCUAUGGCGGAGCGAGUGCUCAGCAUAAGAAGAAGGGUAGUGUAGAUAAUAGUCCGACAGAGAGUCGGAGGAGUGUGUUCCAUGAAGAGAUGUAG